UAUGCUGCUACAAGGAGGGGGGACGGUUAGGCAAACGAGAUAGAUGGGGAAGGACCAUCUAAAGUACACGAAGUCAGUAAGUCACUUUCCCAACAUAACUAAAACAGUAACAUAACCUACACAAACCCCGACCAGAUUCACUUCUGGCUUAACCAUGAAUCCUUGAAACUUGAUUCAGAUCAUUGUGUCUCAUCUACAAACGGAAGAAACAGAAAUGCCCAGAGACUCAGAUCAGACCCUUUUUCACUACAGCCUCCUCGGUCUCUACCUCAUCGUCCUACCGACAUGGAUCGGCCUCAAGUUCAUCCAGGCCCCUUACGGCAAGCACAACCGCCCUGGAUGGGGGCCAACCCUGUCUCCAUCUUUGGCUUGGUUCCUCAUGGAAAGCCCCACCCUUUGGCUCACUGUCUUGCUCUUUCCUUUCGGCCGACACUUUUCCAACCCGAAAUCGUUCAUUCUGAUGUCUCCUUAUCUCUUCCACUAUUUCAACCGUACAGUGCUUUACCCUCUUCGCCUGGCACGGAGCAGCAACGGCCAAGCCAGGAGUUUUCCGGUGAGUAUAGCUCUCAUGGCUUUCGGGUUUAAUCUCUUGAAUGCUUAUCUGCAAGCCAGGUGGGUGUCGCACUACAAGGAUGAUUAUGAAAACGACAAGCUGUUUUGGUUGAGAUUCCUCGUCGGAUUGCUGGUUUUUAUUACUGGCAUGUGGGUGAAUGUUUGGGCUGACGGAGUUCUGGUGGGGCUUAAAAAACAGGGUGGUGGCGGAUACAAGGUUCCAAGAGGGGGGUUGUUCGACUUGGUGAGCUGCCCUAACUACUUUGGGGAGAUCAUGGAGUGGUUGGGCUGGGCGGUGAUGACAUGGUCCUGGGUGGGGUAUGGGUUCUUUCUCUACACCUGUGCCAACCUGGUGCCUAGAGCUCGUGCCAGCCGCCGCUGGUAUUUGGAGAAGUUCAAGGACGAUUACCCCAAGCACAGAAAAGCUGUGAUCCCAUUUCUCUAUUGACGCUUCUUUCUGCCCUCCCCACUUUUCACCUACAUGAAGAAAGUUUCCAUGGAGGAUUUGAUUCAGUGAUCAAUGUAGUUUUUUGACUGGUUUUGAUUAAUAAAAGAAAUAGGUUUUCGUGUUUGUUAUGAUUUGUACCUCAUUUUGCUCUUCAUCAACUUUGUUGGUCCUUAUGAGCAAAAAAAAAAAAUAUGUUGGUAAUGCUGCUUAUGAUCAAAAGAGGAAGUUUCUGAUUUGA